AUGGCGGGACCCUCGCGUACUCAGACCGUCCAACCGCCCAGGCCACCCAACGCGUGGAUAUUAUAUCGCUCAGACAAGCUGAAGACACUCCCUCCAGUGCCCCCUGGUAUGCCCCGUCGCGCGCAGGCCGACGUGUCCCGCGAGAUUUCACUCAUGUGGAAGAACGAACGCGAGGAAGUUAGGGCCCAGUACGAGCGUCUGGCGGAGGUACGCAAGGCACAGCACCAGAACGCGUACCCAGGAUACAGGUACCACCCG